AACUCUUCCCUGACUGGAGAAUCCGAACCCCAGAGCCGAUCAUCCGAAUACACUUCCGAGAAUCCCCUUGAGACCAAGAACUUGGCUUUCUUCUCCACCAAUGCUGUCGAAGGUACCUGCAAGGGUGUCGUUAUCAUGAUUGGUGACAACACUGUGAUGGGUCGUAUUGCUGGUUUGGCAUCUGGAUUGGAAACUGGUGAAACCCCCAUUGCCAAGGAAAUUACCCAUUUCAUUCACAUCAUUACUGGUGUGGCUGUGUUCUUGGGUGUGACCUUCUUCGUUAUUGCCUUCAUCCUUGGGUACCAUUGGUUGGAUGCUGUUGUGUUCCUCAUUGGUAUCAUUGUAGCCAAUGUGCCUGAGGGUCUGCUAGCCACUGUCACUGUGUGCUUGACUCUUACUGCCAAGCGCAUGGCUGCCAAGAACUGCCUUGUAAAGAACUUGGAAGCUGUGGAAACCCUUGGUUCCACUUCCACCAUUUGCUCUGAUAAGACUGGUACCCUCACCCAGAAUCGUAUGACAGUAGCACAUAUGUGGUUCGACAACACCAUCAUUGAGGCUGAUACAUCUGAAGAUCAGUCUGGCUGCCAGUAUGACAAGACCUCACAAGGCUGGAAGGCUCUGUCUAGAAUUGCUGCCCUCUGUAACCGUGCUGAAUUCAAGAGUGGCAUGGAAAACACUCCCAUCCUGAAACGUGAAGUAAACGGCGAUGCUUCUGAAGCUGCUCUGCUGAAGUGCGUAGAAUUGGCUGUUGGUGAUGUAAAGGGCUGGCGUGCACGCAACAAGAAGGUAUGUGAAAUUCCUUUCAACUCAACCAACAAGUACCAAGUAUCCAUUCACGAUACUGAGGAUAAGAACGACCCACGAUACCUUCUUGUGAUGAAGGGAGCCCCUGAGAGGAUCCUGGAACGUUGCUCCACCAUCUACAUCAAUGGAGAAGAAAAGGCCCUCGACGAAGAAAUGAAGGAAGCUUUCAACAAUGCCUACCUUGAAUUGGGUGGCCUUGGAGAGCGUGUACUUGGUUUCUGCGACUAUGUGCUGCCAACUGACAAGUACCCUCAUGGAUACCCCUUUGAUGCUGAUGCUGUAAACUUCCCUGUCCAUGGUCUGCGCUUCGUGGGUCUGAUGUCUAUGAUUGAUCCUCCACGUGCUGCUGUACCUGAUGCUGUAGCAAAGUGCAGAUCUGCUGGUAUCAAGGUUAUCAUGGUUACUGGUGAUCACCCCAUCACUGCCAAGGCUAUUGCCAAGUCUGUAGGUAUCAUCUCUGAAGGAAACGAGACUGUUGAGGAUAUUGCACAGAGGCUGAACAUUCCUAUCAAGGAGGUUGACCCCACUGAAGCAAAGGCUGCUGUAGUUCACGGCUCUGAACUUCGUGACAUGACAUCUGAGCAGUUGGAUGAUGUCCUCCUCCACCACACUGAAAUCGUGUUUGCCCGUACCUCCCCACAACAGAAACUGAUCAUUGUAGAAGGUUGCCAGCGUAUGGGUGCCAUUGUGGCUGUAACUGGUGAUGGUGUGAAUGAUUCUCCUGCUCUGAAGAAGGCUGAUAUUGGUGUUGCUAUGGGUAUUGCUGGUUCUGAUGUGUCCAAGCAAGCUGCUGACAUGAUCCUGUUGGAUGACAACUUUGCUUCCAUUGUCACUGGUGUUGAAGAGGGCAGACUUAUUUUCGACAACCUGAAGAAAUCCAUUGCUUACACCCUGACAUCUAACAUCCCUGAGAUCUCUCCUUUCUUGUCUCAUGAUUGCCUCAGUCCCACUUCCUCUUGGAACUGUGACCAUCCUCUGCAUUGAUCUGGGUACUGACAU